AUGCCGAGCAACUGUGAAAUUCUCUGCGAGAUCAUAAUCGCGAUCCUUCUUCCACCUCUUGGAGUUUGUCUCAGGAAGGGAUGUUGCACCGUAGAGUUCUUGAUCUGCCUGGCACUGACUAUCUUAGGCUACAUACCAGGCAUAAUAUAUGCCAUUUACGUGAUUGUGUUUCAGAACCGUGAAGAGUAUUUCGAUGAAUACAGACGCCCUCUCUACUCCGCUUGA